AAUUUGGUCUAUAAGAACACUUCUUAUCUUCUUCUUUUCGAAAAGAACAGAAAGAAAUAAUGAAGCCUUGGAAGACCUAAAAUCCCAGAAGAAAAAAAUACUUGAGGAAGUAAUGGAAAAAGAAACAUAUAAGGCCGCUAAGCUAAUCCUUGAAAGGUUUGAUCCGGAAGCCAAGAAGGCAAAGGAUGUUGAACCGCCAUCUGCUGGAGCAUCUGCAGUUGCAAGACCUGGCCAAGAACUUCGUCAUCGGACCCCAGUGCGAGGGAACGUGUCACCACCUCUUCCAGGUACACCAAAGCAGGGCUCUCCCAAAGCUUCAAGUCCAGUGCCAGUGUCUCCUGGCUUGCAGAGAGAGAUUUCGGCGCCUGGUGGACCUCCAGAGAGAACUCCAGCAUCCGUCUCACAGCCAAAUGUGCUACCCAGACAUCCGGGGUCCCGUGCUACUUCAAUGCCUGGAAUGGGUCUUCAUCCUCCAGGACCUCCUUUGGCAAGACCUAUUCUUCCAAGAGAGAGAGGAGCAUUAGAUAGAAUUGUUGAAUAUUUAGUUGGAGAUGGUCCACAAAACAGAUAUGCACUGAUUUGCCAGCAGUGUUUCUCACACAAUGGGAUGGCUUUGAAGGAGGAAUUUGAAUAUAUUGCGUUUAGAUGUGCCUAUUGCUUUUUCCUGAACCCUGCAAGAAAAACCAGACCUCAAGCUCCACGACUUCUGGAUUUCGGUGCUGAAAAGAAGCAGUCUGCUGAAAGUGAGAUCACGACUGAAUCACUGCAGUCAGAGGAAGAAAAGUUACAGGACACUCAAAUAGCUGAAGAACGUUUAGAUGAAAGCAUCCCACUUACUGAAGAAGAUGUGGAAAAUGUUCAAGCUCUGAUUAUUGAAGAACACAGUGUUGAUGUAGCUGAAGCAGCAGAGAGAGAACAACCAACUACUGAAACCAAAACUGGAGUUACAAACUUGACACCUGUUCCAGAUGACCAAAGGGAAGAACCUAUAGUGGAAGAAUAAGUGCCUGAUUAUUUUUUAGCAAUAUUCUUUCAGUUGUUACUUUUUCAGGUGGGUUGCUUUCAGACAAGGUUAUGUCCACACUCUCAUGAGCUACGACUGCCACUCCCACUGUUAAGUUAAAGCUAUGUGCACAACAAGUAUUGCAUAGCAAGACUGUGUUUGCUUUGGUGAUGACCUAAAACACUUCAGAAUGUGCAGCUAUCAAGCAAAGUUAUCCUUACCUUUUGUUUUGGAAACUUUAAAAAAAAUGUAAACAUGCUUAACAGUAUAUUUUCCAAAGGUGCGAUCUAAAAUGUAGUAUUAUUUGGUCAUUGAACAAAUGAGUGCUGCAAAUCACUCAAAGGUGUAUAAUUAAUUCUUGGUUUGGUAAACAUUUAGGUUUUUUGUUGUUGUUGUAAUAUUUAGGUAUUAAAUACAUUUUAAGUAUCUAGACGUUUACAGGAGAAAAUGAGCUUAGGUAUUUACCAUAAACAGUACGAAAGUGACAUUACAAUGAAAAUGUAAGUCACUCCUUAUCCUUUUAUUUCCUUGAGAGAAUGCAACUGAGGGGAGUAGUCAGAAGUACAAGCUGUCCUUUAGGGGCUAUAUGCAAAGCAGAUGGUCUAAAGGCAUGUGAAAUAGAAAACUAGGUUGUGUUUACAAGAAGCGUAGGAAUAUCUGCACUUGAUUGUACUUGAAUACUGAACAUUUAUUUAUACCUGUACAAUAAUGACUAUAUAAGUGAAUUUUGUGUAUUUUGUUAAAGGAAAAUAAAGACUAUGUAGCAUUAA